GAGCGAGGCUGUUCUAGAAUUUGGCAGCAGGAUGUCCGACGAAGAGCCGGUGUGCCCGCUGCCGGCCAUGCGCAAGGCCUGCGAGCCCAAGUGCACCGACGCCUACAAGGCCUACCUGUCCUGCGUGGACCGCAUCGAGGCCAAGGGCGGCGGCGACUGCGAGCCCUACUACUUUGACUGGCUGAAAUGCUUGGACAAGUGCGCGAUGCCGCACAUCAUGCAGAAGCUCAAGUGACCGCGAUCCAGAGGACGGGAUGAUAAGACGGUCGCUU